GACAAUGAAGCAUGCCCGCCUCUCAACGGCCUGUUUAGUAACUAAGGCUUUAUGUCGAUUGCAGUGGUGGUGUCGUCUGCGGUGACAAGAGGAGUGAAGCCAAAUUACGUGGAUUAUAUUUGAAAGUAUAUUACAAUCGUCGAUUCUUAUGGUCGUUUUCGUUAGAUAGUUUUUUAUUAGAUAGCGGAGAAGGAAAAAAAGCAAUGGAGCAGUAUUAAAUUGAAAAUGAAUCGUUCGGCGAAUCAAGAUGGCGGUGAGUAACAAGACGAAGAACUUGCAAGCGAUGAACAUCAGUUCGCUUUUCAGUCGUCUUCAGGGUGCAUUUUCGGAAGCCAUGGCACCGCCCAAAUUUGUUAUCGACCGUAGAACGAUUGAAAAAACUUGGAAAUUAAUGGACAAAGUGGUAAAGUUGUGUCAACAUUCAAAAAUGAACCUAAAAAAUAGUCCUCCCUUCAUAUUAGAUAUACUACCCGAUACUUAUCAACAUCUUAGACUGAUUUAUGUGAAACAUGAAGAUAAAAUGCACUUUUUAAAUGAAAAUGAAUACUUUAGGAUCUUUAUAGAAAAUCUAAAUCGCAAAUGUAAGCAGGCAAUCAAACUAUUCAAGGAAGGCAAAGAGAAAAUGUUCGAUGAAACCUCACAUUAUCGAAGAAAUCUAACUAAACUUAGUUUAGUUUUCAGCCACAUGCUUUCUGAACUUAAGGCGGUUUAUCCAAAUGGAAACUACGCGGGUGAUACUUUUCGCAUCACCAAGAGCGAUGCUGCCGAAUUCUGGAAAAAUUCUUUUGGUGACAGGUAAGUCAAAAGUAGUCAAAAGAUUCUCUUUUUUCAAAAAGAGAAUGCUUUUGUGGUCUUUAAAUGAUCCAAAAAUUUAUAUAUAUAAAGGUGUGUUAUAAGUUAUCUUGUCCUUGUUAUCAUUAUUCAAGUGUCAAUUAUUUUAAACGGUGUUUCCAUAAAAAUUAUAAUCAUAAUUUUUUCCAUAAUUGAAAACAAAAGAGACAAAAUUCACAAAUUCGGAAUC